AUGGGCGUCAGUCGCAUCGUGAGCACCGCCGUACGACAGAACGUUGGAUCACCUUCACAUGCAUCGGAGAAGUUUCUCAUUAACGAUCCACUGAUCAUACUGGACUGGGAUGAUACUUUGUUUCCCAAUACACACUUGGCUAAACUAGGCUUCUCUUCCGAAGACAAGGCCUUUGUCAUUCCUCAGGACUGCGUAUCUACUCUUAACGAGCUUGCCGAGGAAGUCGAAAAGUUUCUCAUUGCCUGCCUUAAUAUUGGCACGUGCUGUAUUGUCACCAAUGGUCAAAGUGGAUGGGUCGAGCGCUCAUGCAAACGAUUUCUGCCAAAUGUUGUACCUUUGCUUGAGAAAAUCACGAUUAUUUCUGCUCGCUCUUGCUUUGAAAAGGUCUAUCCAGACCGACCCAUUGAAUGGAAAAUUGCAGUCUAUCAAGACUUACUUGCAAAGCACGGCUAUAUGCAAAUGUCUCGUUUGGAACCCCGAGAUGAUUGCAUUCGACAACAGGAGCAUGAAACACAGCAGGUGAUUGCACUUGGUGAUUCACAAGGGGAUCGUUGCGCCAUCCAAUAUGUUGCUCGGCGAACUCCUUACAUGCAACUGAAGUCGAUUAAGCUGCUGGACAAUCCAACCAUAACACAGUUGCAAAAACAGCUGAAAAUACUCGGCGUGUUCCUUGAGCAGCUGAGCUGUCACGAUGAGACGCUUGAUCUGGAGUUGUCGAACGAAAUGCUGCAGUAA